AUGCCAUCGAAGAGUCGUAGUGGUUCGAGCGAUGGAGACGUUCCUUCACCAAAGUCUUCGCGUUCUAGAAGUCAUAGCGCCUCCGAGAAAAGCGAUGUUCCAUCACCGAAAUCAGACAACGGGGUAACGAAGAGCACACGCGAAAAAUCACGCAGCCCUUCUCCAAAAUCGAAAGCCAGAAGGAGGUCUGAGUCACCAAGGCGAAGCAGAACACGGUCUCGAAGUCGCAGUCCUAAGACAGACAGAAGAGGACGAUCAAGGUCACCAAAACGGUCUUACGCUAGAUCACGGAGCCGCACACGCAGCCGCACACGCAGCCGUGAUAGGAGGAGAAGGGAGAGGAGCAGCGAUGACAAAUCGAGAAGAUCUCGACGAGAUGAUAGGGAUGACAGACAAGAGCGGGAUCGCAAAAGGCGCUCACGGAGCCGAAAUAGGAGAGAAAGUGAUGAAGAAUCAGCGCGGGAUAAACGUGCGCGUCGUGAGAAAAACGAUGAAAAGGCUGUAGAAGAAGAGAAAGCUGCAGAACCGGAAAAACCUAAAAAAGAGCCGCUGGACCUGUUGAGGACAAGGACUGGUGGUGCCUAUAUUCCUCCAGCUAAACUGCGAAUGAUGCAGGAUCAGAUUAAGGAUAAGAGCAGUGAACAAUAUCAACGGAUGAACUGGGAAAGAUUAAAGAAGAAGAUUCAUGGUCUUGUCAACAAAGUGAACACAGGAAAUCUUGUUCAAGUAGUGAGAGGCCUACUACAAGAAAACGUCAUUCGUGGGAAAGGUCUGCUAGUUCGAUCGAUAAUGCAAGCUCAAGCUUUUUCACCCGUGUUCUCCCAUGUUUACGCCGCUUUUGUGGCAGUAAUCAACUCGAAGUUUCCUCAUAUUGGUGAGCUGCUCCUCAGGAGACUGAUUGUUCAAUUCAAGCGCAUCGUCAGGAGAAUAACGAUAAAGGCACAUGAAGUUCUCGCUUUGGAAAUUAUGAUUUUGAUGAUGGAAACACCUACUGAUGAUUCUGUGGAAGUAUCGAUUGCCUUCAUCAAAGAGUGUGGUUCGAAGCUUCUAGAGGUCUCUCCAAGAGCUCUGGACACAAUAUUCACGCGUCUUCGUGGAAUCGUACAGGAUGGUGACUCUAUGAACCUUGACAAACGCGUGCAAUAUAUGAUUGAAGUCGUUUUGACAAUUCGUAAAGAUAAGUUCAAAGCGUAUCCUGCAGUUCUCGAUGAAUUGGAUCUCAUCGAUGAGGAAGAUCAAAUAACUCACACAAUUUCUCUCGAGGAUGCUAUAAAUCCUGAAAACGAGCUGAAUGUUUUCAAGCUCGACCCUGAAUUUGAGAAGAACGAGCAGCAGUACGACGAAAUUCGUGCUGAAAUCAUUGGCGAUGACGAAGACAGCGACGAAGAGAGCGAAGAUGACGGCAUUGGCAGCGGUGACGAAGGAGACGGUCAACCAGGUUUGUGCUUAUUAAUAACCUUUGAAGUUUUCUUUCUGCCAUUCGGUGAAAUGUCGAUAGUACAAGUGAAAAGCAGUCUUGCUCCUGCGUCUACAACUGGUACGACCGAAAUCAUCGACAAUACCGAACAGAACCUUGUCGCGUUUCGUCGCGAAGUCUAUCUCACUAUACAGUCAUCGCUUGAUUUCCAAGAAGCCGCUCAUAAACUUUUGAAGAUGCAUGUUGCCAAAGAGAUGGAGAACUGUGCCAUAUGCUUGUGGAUUGCUGCUGUCAGCAGAGAACAUAUGAGCGCUUCUAUGGUCUUCUUUGUGAAAGAUAUCUGCCGGCUUGCAGAAUAUCAGAUGACGUUCGAAAAAAUUGCUUGUGAUACGUACGCGACAAUACACAGAUUCGAUAUAACCAAGUUAAGAAACAUGGCGCGUCUCAUCUCUCAUCUUCUUUUUACUGAUGCCAUUUCAUGGACGAUUUUCUCUGAUGUCAAGUUGACUGAAAACGAUACUACCUCUUCUGGUCGCAUCUACCUGAAAUAUGUCUUUCAAGAAUUGUGUGAAUCAAUGGGACUGACGAAGCUGUACGAGCGAGUCACUGAUCCAACGUUGCAACAAGCCUUCGCUGGUUUGUUUCCACGUGAUAAUCCACAAAACACGCGCUUCGCCAGUCAGACUGCUUCCACGGCUCGACUGCUUGGGCUUGAUCUCCGGCAGUUUCUCGAGAAGGGUAUGAAGAAAAAGAAAGAAGAAUCUGUUGAUGAGUCGUCAUCGUCGUCAUCUUCAUCAGAUUCAUCGGAUGAUUCCAGCGACAGUGAUAGCGACAGCGACGAUGAUGAUGACUCAGACUCAUCCUCGUCAUCGUCGUCUUCUUCGGAUGAUUCGGAUAACGCAAAGAAGUCAAAAGAUGCGAAAGACAGUGUCAAACGUCGCCUCAAAGAAACAAAGGAACCCAAAGGAGCCAGCAAGCAAAUCAAGGAAGAACCGUUGUCGCCGAAAGAUGACAGGAGGAAUGGGCGCGAAGAGGAGCGUAUGGAUUUGGACAGUAGAAAUGCUAGGAGAAAGGAGAACGACAAACGGAGGUCAAGGUCAACUUCCAGAAGGAGAAGGGAUGACAAGUCACCGCCCAGAAAAGAUGAGAAGCAUCGAAGUGAUCGCGCGUCUUCUACAGCAACAAAGGACACCGAUAGAUCGCGUAAUGAGCGAACCGGUGAGGUGCGGCGGGGCAGAAGCCCUCGCUCAUCGAGAUAUAAGGAGGAUGACAAGAGAAAUGAAAAUACACCUCCCACAAGAGCCAGAGAUGAUGGAAAGUCGCGUAGAGAACGACGUAAGGGCUCUUUCUUCGAGUCGUAG